GCUACAGCUCCAUCCGCUUUCUGUCCCCCAGAGACGCCGUGUUCCUGCCUUCCAAUGACCCCCACCCCUCAAAACACCUGGGUUCCCUUUCUGAGUCAGGUGAAGCCACAGGCAGCAGAGCGAGAACAGAGCCCAGAACCGUCCAGAGGAAGGGGCAGCGGCCGCCACCUGGUUUGCACCUGUGCCUUUACCCUGCCCAGUUCCUGAGUGGGACCACAGGCCCGGAAGGCCAAGGCAAACAGCCAGGUUCCCACAACUGGGUUCCAGCCCCACCCCUGGCACAGACGUGAGGUUGGGAAGCAUCUGGGUGGCUGCUGUCGAUUCUAUUUAAACGGCCGGGCCGGCCAGAGGGUGCCCGUCAGCCAUGCCAGGCACAGGACUGACUGGCCAGCAUGUCGCUCCUGGCGGCCCCCCUGGUCAGCCUGCAGCUCUCCCUCUGCUGCUGCUGGGCUCUCAGCUGCCACAGCACAGAGGUGUCGGCCGACUUCAGCCUCCCUGGGGACUACCUACUUGCAGGCCUGUUCCCUCUGCACUCUGACUGUCCGGGGGUGCGGCGCCAGCCCACGGUGACGCUCUGUGACAGGCCCGACAGCUUCAACGGCCACGGCUACCACCUUUUCCAGGCCAUGCGGUUUGGCAUCCAGGAGAUAAACAACUCCACAGCCCUGCUGCCCAACGUCACCCUGGGGUACCAGCUGUACGACGUGUGCUCGCAGUCGGCCAAUGUGUACGCCGCCCUCAGUGUGCUCUCCCUGCCGGGCACGCGUCACCUAGAGAUCCGAGCAGACCCUUCCCACUAUUCGCCUGCGGCCCUGGCUGUCAUUGGGCCCGACACCACCAACCACGCAGCCACCACUGCGGCCCUGCUCAGCCCCUUCCUGGUGCCCCUGGUAAGCUGGAGCCCUGGCGGCCGGUCCAUCUCCCCUGCUGGCAAGCCCAGCGUGGGCUGGAGGGCGGGGGGGCGGGGGGGGGCAGAGCCGCCGUGCCCCAAGGCCAGUCUGGCCCCCUGGAUCUCCUGGGUGGUCACUGGUCCUUAG